UAGCUAAGCAUCAUAAUGGAGCAACUUUUGUCUACUUUAGGGAUAAAAUUUGCUUAUAUAUAGAGGAUGCAUCUAGCUAAGUUUCACAUUAAUAUCCUAUUCUUCAUUUACUUGGAGCAGCAAAUUUACUAAGCUACAAGGCCUACCAGAAUGAAACCUGCCUGCAGGAUAUUGUUGCUGAUUUUGAUAGUUAUAUUUGCUGUAGUAUGUACUGCAUCGUUGUCUGACAGAAAAACAUACAUAAUUCACAUGGAUAAUUCUAAACUCUUGGAACUAAAGAGUGCUAACAAGCAACCCCAUGAAUGGUAUGAAGAGAUUUUACAGGUUACUAGUACAACAUCAGCAGAUGAAGGGGAAGAAGCAUUAGUCCCAGAGCUUCUUUACACAUACGAGACUACUAUGACCGGGUUUUCUGCUAAACUCACCUCAGAACAGUAUCAGAUGUUAACUGAUAUUGAUGGGGUACUGCACGCUGCUCCUGAUCAGGUACGAAGCCUCCAAACGACAUACUCACCUGAUUUUCUUGGCCUAGAAUUAGGCCAAACAGGGCUGUGGAAUGAAAAGCCGGCGUCUGAUGUCAUAAUAGGUGUUGUUGACACUGGAAUUUGGCCCGAACAUAUCAGUUUUUCUGACACAGGAUUGUCUCCUGUUCCAUCAAGAUGGAAAGGCACCUGUGAGGAAGGCACAAACUUUUCGGUUACAAACUGUAAUAAGAAACUCAUAGGUGCCAGGUACUUCCAUAAGGGAUACGAAGCAGCCUAUGGAAGAAUCAAAAGCACCUUAGAAUUCCUGUCUGCUAGAGAUUCUCGCGGUCAUGGGACUCACACUGCAUCCACUGCAGCAGGAACUGCAGUGCCCGGUGCUAGCUUCUUUGGAAUGGCCAAGGGUAUUGCCCGUGGAAUGAGUUUCACUUCAAGAAUAGCAGCAUACAAGGCCUGCUGGGAAGGGAAUUGUGUCGACUCUGACAUAUUGGCUGCCAUAGACCAGGCAGUAGCUGAUGGAGUUGAUGUUCUUUCCCUCUCCCUAGUAGGAGAUGCUACACCUUAUUAUCAGGAUAGCGCGAUCAUUGCAGCAUUGGGUGCGUCACAAAAAGGGGUCUUUGUGGCAUUUUCUGCAGGAAACUCUGGUUCUUUACCAUCCACUGUUGGCAAUGUUGCACCCUGGGUGAUGACAGUUGCAGCCAGCUCCCUUGACCGGGGCUUCCUAGGACAAGUAAAGCUAAGUAACGGAAAGACUUUCCGUGGUGCUUCAAUCUAUUCCGGUAAUCAUAAGAAAACUAAGCAACUGCCACUAGUAUACAAAGAAACAGCUGGUGUCGAAAAGACUACAGAGUACUGUCUCCCUGGAUCACUAUCUCCUAGCCUUGUUAAAGGCAAGAUAGUCCUCUGUAUGCGUGGCAUCAAUGACAAAACUGAAAAGGGAUUUGUAGUAAAAUCAGCAGGAGGAGCAGGGAUGCUACUACUUAACACACCCAAUUACGGCGAAGAGCUUGUUGCUGACCCUCAUGUACUACCAGCCACCUUAUUAGGAGCAUCAUCUGCCAAAGUCAUCAAAGAAUACUUAACACAGUACAGAAACUUAACAGCCGCGAUUUCAUUUCAUGGUACGACAUAUGGAGCUAGAUCCCCAAAGGUGGCUGCCUUUUCGUCUAGGGGACCGAGUCCUGUGGAUCCUCACAUCAUCAAGCCUGACAUCACUGCACCAGGAAUGAACAUCCUAGCUGCUUGGCCUCCAAUGUCCUCCAUAACUCGGUUAAGUAGUGACAAAAGACGGUCACAUUUCAAUAUACUGUCAGGUACUUCAAUGUCCUGUCCUCAUGUUAGUGGCAUAGCUGCUCUGAUAAAAUCAGUUCAUACAGACUGGUCACCUGCUGCAAUAAAAUCAGCCAUAAUGACAACUGCUUACACUCGCGACAAUAGAGGCCAUCUCAUCUCUGAUCUAUCUGCAUCAAGCAACACCAAACACGCGACUCCUUUUGAGUUUGGUUCUGGUCAUAUUAACCCUGAUAAGGCCUUAGACCCCGGACUUGUGUACGACAUCACAGGUGAUGACUACUUGCAUUAUUUGUGCAGUAUCAAUUACACUAACACUCAAGUCACUAUUUUGGCAAGGAGGAAAUAUAGCUGCCCAAGCAACAAGGGAAAAAUCGCGGUUCAGCCUGGUGAUCUGAACUAUCCUUCAUUCGCGGUCAUUUUUGAUGCAGCAAAAAAAGGAAAAACUACCACAUAUACUUACAAGAGGACAGUGACUAAUGUAGGAAGUGGUAAAAUAAGUUACAAGGUAUUUUUGGACCAACCUAAGGGUGUUAAGGUUAGUGUUGAGCCUAAGGUGUUACACUUUACGAAAAUGGGUGAGAAACAAAGUUACAAGGUGAGUUUUACAGGAACAAGUAGCAGGAAUUUUUGUUCCUUUGGUUCUUUGAUUUGGGUGAGUGGAGAAUAUAGUGUUAGAAGUCCAAUUGCAAUAACUUGGCAAUAAAUUUGAGAUAAUUAAUCGUUAUCUCUGUAUAAUCAUAUAGUAAAUGCAAAAAUAAAGGAACAUUUUGUUGUUUUAAAUGUUACACAACAUCUGAUUUUGUGGUUGA